AUGUUUGCUAGUCGACUUAGGCCCUUCACGUAUUGUGCAAAGUCUUUGACAAGUCUUCGACGGCUCGCAAUGAGGGCUCUUCCGGAACAAAGCUCCAAUAUCCUCUCGUUGAAGCCCAUCACGCCUAAUGAUUCAUACGUCUCUUGCACCAUAUUCAACAAACAAGGAGAUGUUACUGCAGUGUCUCAAAAGUUUCCCAAAUGGGCUUUUUUAAGAGAUCAUCACCUAUAUCCUCGAGACCUGCGCAAAGUCGACACCAGUACAAUCGACGUUAUUCCAAGCAUAGUAGUCAAGCCGACAUGCAUUUUAAUAAAUUUGCUUCAUAUCAAAGCAUUAAUACAGCAGGAUUCUGUAUUUGUUUUCGAUACUUCAAACUCAGCAGCUGCGAUGAAACUGGGGGUAUUCAUGUAUGAUCUUGAGUCAAAAUUAUCAACAGCUGCUAGCAGCCACACAGCGCAGUGUUACGAGCAUCGUGCUUUAGAAAGCAUACUCAUGAAUGUAAUCACCUGUCUGGAAACAGAGUAUAAACAACACUAUUCUAUUUGUGGCAAUAUACUUAACGAACUUGAGGAUGAAAUUGACAGAGACAAGUUACGAGAUCUUCUUAUUAGAUCCAAGAACCUUACAGCCUUCUAUCAAAAAUCAUUGCUUAUCAGAGAUGUCUUAGACGAGCUUUUGGACAGUGAUGAGGAUCUUGCGGGAAUGUACUUGUCGGUUCACAAAACAGAAAAUGACGAUUUCUCUGAUGUGGAGAUGCUUCUUGAGACGUACUAUAAGCAAUGCGACGAAUACGUACAACAGUCAGAAACACUGAUACAAGAUAUCAAAUCUACUGAAGAGAUUGUCAACAUCAUUCUGGAUGCUAAUAGAAACUCCUUAAUGUUAUUUGAAUUAAAAGUGACCAUCUACACGCUUGGGUUUACAAUAGCCACAUUAGUUCCGGCUUUUUAUGGCAUGAAUUUGAAAAAUUUCAUAGAAGAAAGUGAAUGGGGAUUUGGUUGCGUAGUGGCCUUUUCUCUAGUGUCUGCACUUGGGGUUACUUGGGCUAAUUUCAGGGCUCUUCGGUCGGUAAAGCGGCUAACUAUGAUGAACAACCACGCUGGAAUAAAUUCGGCAAAGCAUAUUGCGAAUGCAAAAUAUGACCUCGAAAAGGAAGUUCCUACAUUGCGACAGCGCUGGGCUAAAGGUGCGCGAACGAUGUGGUUGGGCAACAAUUUCCGUGUCAGAGAUGGUAAGCAACGAGAAAUGAUUUGGAGGUGGUUAGUGGACGACAACAAGAAAUAA